AUGACAGCGAAAUUUACCAUGGCGACCGAAAUGUCCGAGGACGACGUCGGGGCGCUGUCCUCCAGUGAAUGGCACAUUCCCGAUGUCCCAUCUCCUGCUGACAGCUCAAAAUCAAAUACGGAGGUUGACGACAAGGCCGCUGCGGACCCGAAUGCGCAGACACAGCCCAUCCAAAAGCGACGGAGGGUCACCCGCGCUUGCGACGAGUGUCGUCGCAAGAAAAUCAAGUGCGACGGGAAACAGCCAUGUACCCAUUGCUCAGUGUAUAGCUAUGAAUGUACAUACGACAAACCCUCUAAUCGUCGGCGAAAUCCUGCUCCCCAGUAUAUUGAAGCACUAGAGAAUCGGUUGCACCGCGCAGAGACGCUCCUUCGCAAAUUCAUGCCUGACGUCGAUUUGGCAGACCCAAAUCUAGAUCCGGCCAUCCAGCAGGAGUUUCACAGCAGAGAACAAGCCCGCACCAACGGCUUCAGAAUGCGACCAGGUAUCGCAAGCGAGACUGAAAUUGGGGAUGCCAAGCUGAUGACUAUGAUUGACUCCAUUGGCCAAUUGGAUUUGGAUGACAAGGGGGGGUGGGAUUUUCAUGGUACAUCUUCAGGUGCCGUCUUCCUGAAGCGAAUGAAGGAGCAAUUUCGUGGGCUACUCGGACCGGCCACCAAGGCCCCCUUUCUGCCGCGAGCCGAGCGUUCUUCUGGCCUCGGUGAGCUCGAUACGCCGUCCCCUCCCAACUGCGCAUCUCCGUUCCUGCCCAUGUCUACGUAUCCCGAACUGCCCUCGAAGGACGUAGCACGAAAGCUUUGCUACUAUUCCUUGAGCUGCGCUACCUGCCUCGUCCGCAUCAUCCACCUGCCUACGUUUUACGAGCAGUUCGAACGAGUCUACGAUAGGCCAGUGGGGAGCCUGAACCAGGAGGACACGCAUUUCCUAGGACUCGUUCAUGCUGUGAUUGCUUUGGGCUGUAUGUACAACACACUGGAAGACUCCAAUCCCACCUCGGGAGGUUACAAGGCUGCAAUCGAACAAGGUCUACAAUAUUACCGUGCCGCAAAAUCGCUUCUGCCUGAUCCUGCUGACUGCCGCGACAUUGUUUCUCUGCAGGCUUUGUUGUUUAUGAUUCUCUUUUUGCAAGCCACCUCCAACCUGAGUGCCUGCUAUUCCUUUGUGGGCAUCGCUCUACGGUCGGCUUUGAGGAUUGGAUUGCAUCGACAUCUAGAACACGAAAAAAUAGGCAUAAUCGAACAAGAAGUCCGGAAGCGUGUCUUUUAUGUCAUCCGACAGAUGGACAUUUACGUAUCUACCAUGCUAGGGUUUCCGCUGUUGCUGAGUAUCGAUGAUGUCGACCAGCCAUUUCCGUCCGAGGUUGACGACGAGUUCAUCACCACCUCGGGCAUCAUGCCCCCUCCCCUUGGCACGCCCUCUUUCUUCGAAGCCUUCAAUGCACACACUCGUCUCAUGGAGGUGCUCGGCAAGAUUGCCAAGUCUGUGUAUCCCAUGCACGUCCAAGGCCAGCCGUCCAGUAAAGGAGACGCAGGCAGGACGUCUUGCUUGAUCAGCUAUGGUCGCAUCAAAGAAAUAGAAGCAGAGCUCCAGACUUGGUUCGAAAGACUGCCGGAAAUGUGGCGACCGAGCCCCGAUGGGCCUAUUGAAGUCGUUCGUGUGCGGCAUCUGUUACGAUUUGCAUAUGCUCACGUUCAGCUUGUCUUGUAUCGGCCUUUUCUUCACUACAUUUCGCCACGGCAUAGCCAAGGAAACAAAGUUGACGAACUGUCUUAUGCUUGCGCCGCUGCCGCAGUCAGUGUGUCACGUAACAUCGUGCACAUUGGUCUGGAGAUUCGGAAGCAACGAGUUCUCAGUGGGCCCUACUGGUUCAUGCUUUACACAGAAUUCUUUGCCGUCCUGUCUUUGGUCUUCUAUGCCAUUGAAAAUCCUGACAAGCCUGGUUCUCACGAAGUUCUCGUCGACGCCCAUGCCGGACGUCAAAUGAUAGCGGAUCUUGCAGAUAAAAGUCUCUCGGCGGAUAAGAUCACCAAGGCUUUAAAGACACUCUUUGAUCAACUCCCCGAAAGACUGGAAGAGGCUCGUUUGUCACGGCCGGCAGUCACUUCUCGAAAACGUUCCGCAGCAGCCUCCAAGAUUGGGCCUGUACCCAUGACUGAAGCAACAAUCGGCCAAGUAGGGGCGAAAUCGAGACCCGACGAUUUUAUGCUGGGUCACGCCCGCAGCAUUCCCGGAACUUUUCAAACGCCGAAUUCGCGAGGAUCUGCAAACAGUAGCAUGGUCCAGCCUGCUGAACAUGGUUUCUUGGAAGCUCCAUUUGCCGGCACCAUACAUGACAUGCUGCCUUUGGACCUUUCGUCUCGGGCUACGCCUGACUCGACCAGCACUGCCAGCAGUACCCAUCCGCAUGUUUUCGGUUCGCCACCGCUCACUCACGUUGUGCACAACCCAGUGAACAAACUGGACUCCCUCAUGUUCCCUUCUGAGGAUCCGUUUGCUUAUCCCAACCAACCGAUGAUGGAGCUUGGCUUUCAACCGAAUGCUGAUGAUGCACCAGGCAUUGCAAUGGCAGCCCCGAACGCAUCCUUCUUCUUUACGGGCUCGUUUGAAGAAAUGGGUGACCAGAUUCUGGGGCAGCCUCCGCCGUAUAUUACGCAGCAGCAAACAGGGCAGGGCCUAAAUAUGAUGGGGGGAUUGUACGAUCCUCAACACUUGCUGUCAUUACACGCCGUCCAGCAACAACAGCCGCAGCAAAUCGCGCGAAUGCGGCAACAAGGCAUGCAACAGCAACAGGCGCCGCAGCAGCAGCAACAGCAGCAACAGCAGCAACAGCAGCAGCCAAAUGGAGGGUUCUUUUCGAGUUUCCGUCGCGCUCGUGCGGACCGACAGCAAGAGCGGAAAAUUGAGCAAAUGUUCACGCAGCAAGGCAUGCAGCCCGACUGGGGAAGUUUUUUUGGCUCUGGAAGAGGUGGCUUCCAAGGAAUGUGA